AACUCCAGGUGAAGCCGCACACAUACACAUGCACACAUGCACAAAGACAACUCGCACCCAUAAAUGCACAUAGAGACAACUCACACGCCCAGAGCUGGCCUUGCGCAGCCCACCUUUGCUUCCCCACACCAGGUAACCCUGUACAGCGGCUUCCAAAUAGUGGCCCAGGCCCAGCAUCCUGCAGCAGCCUUAGAUGUAUUAAAAGCAGAUUCUCAGCCCCGGCGUUAUCCCCUGAGCAGCGAUUCCGGGGCAGGGCCUGGCGAUCUGGAGUUUAACAAGCCCCCAGGUGGCUAGCGACAGCCCCAGAUCCCGCCCACCUCCCCAGGCCCGCGGGGCACCAGGCUCCUUCGGAGGCUCCAGCGGCAAGGAUCUCUGCUCCCGGCCUAGGCCACCUCCGAGGGUGGAGCUGGCCAGCCCCGCCUCGCACACCUCCGGCUCUCUCGGGCAGCUCGCUGGGCAGGGCCUGGAAACAAAGUCAGAGCAGCUGGCCGACUCCUCGCGUUCGCCCUGAGCCCUCAGAGCCGCCGCCAUGGGAAUGUCCAAGUCACGGACUUGCUUUGGUUAUCCGCUGAGCAUCUUCUUUAUCGUGGUCAAUGAGUUCUGUGAAAGGUUCUCCUACUAUGGCAUGAGAGCACUGCUGGUUCUGUACUUCCGAAACUUCAUCGGCUGGAACGAUGAUCUGUCCACUGCCAUCUACCAUACUUUCGUCGCCCUCUGCUACCUGAUGCCAAUCCUUGGAGCUCUUAUUGCUGACUCGUGGCUGGGGAAGUUCAAGACAAUUAUAUGGCUCUCCAUCAUCUACACCAUUGGACAAGGACUCAUCUCAAUAAGCUCAAUUAAUGACCUCACAGACCACAACCACGAUGGAACCCCAGACAGCAUACCCACGCACGUGGCGCUGUCGAUGAUCGGCCUGGUCCUGAUCGCUCUCGGCACGGGAGGAAUCAAGCCCUGUGUGUCCGCGUUUGGUGGUGAUCAGUUUGAGGAGGGCCAGGAAAAGCAAAGAAACAGAUUUUUUUCCAUCUUUUAUUUGGCCAUCAAUGCUGGAAGCUUGCUUUCUACCAUCAUCACUCCCAUCCUCAGAGUUCAACAAUGUGGAAUUCACACUCAACAAGCUUGUUACCCACUGGCAUUUGGGGUUCCUGCUGCUCUCAUGGCUGUAUCCCUAAUUGUAUUUGUUACCGGCAGUCGGAUGUAUAAGAAGUUCCAGCCACCGGGCAACAUCAUGGGUAAAGUGGCCAAGUGCAUUGGUUUUGCCAUCAAAAACAGGUUUAGGCACCGGAGUAAGGAAUUUCCCAAGCGGAAGCACUGGCUGGACUGGGCUAAAGAGAAAUACGAGGAGCGGCUUAUCUCUCAAAUUAAGAUGGUUACAAGGGUGAUGUUCCUUUAUAUUCCGCUCCCCAUGUUCUGGGCCUUGUUUGAUCAGCAGGGCUCCAGGUGGACACUGCAAGCGACAACUAUGACUGGGAGAAUUGGCGCUAUUGAAAUCCAGCCGGAUCAGAUGCAGACUGUGAACGCCAUCCUGAUUGUAAUCAUGGUCCCUAUCUUCGAUGCUGUGAUCUAUCCUCUGAUUGCCAAAUGCGGCCUCAAUUUCACCUCCCUGAAGAGGAUGACAGUUGGAAUGUUCCUGGCUUCCAUGGCCUUUGUGGUGGCUGCCAUUGUGCAGGUGGAAAUUGAUAAAACUCUUCCAGUCUUCCCCGAAGCACACCAUGUCCAAAUUAAAGUCUUGAAUAUUGGAAACGAUAACGUGACUGUAUCUUUUCCUGGAGAAACAGUGACCCUGGGCCAGAUGUCUCAAACAGAUACAUUUAUGACUUUUGAUGUAGACCAACUGACAAGCAUCAACGUGUCCUCCCCUGGAUCACCCGUCACGGGGGUGGCCCAAGACUUUGAGCAGGGCCAUCGCCACACCCUCCUAGUGUGGGGCCCCAGUCACUACCGCGUGGUAAAGGAUGGGCUUAACAAGAAGCCAGACAAAGGAGAAAAUGGAAUCAGAUUUGUAAAUACUUUUAACAACGUGGUCAACAUCACAAUGAGUGGGAAAGUUUAUGAAGAUGUCACCAGUCAUAAUGCCAGCGAGUAUCAGUUUUUUUCUUCUGGCAUAAAAAGCUUCACGAUUAGCUCAACAGAGUUUCCAGAGUCAUGUCCACGUGAUUUUGAAUCUUCCAACCUUGAAUUCGGUGGUGCUUAUACCUACGUAAUUGAAAGGCAGAGUAACGGCUGCCCUGGAAUAAAGCAAUUUGAAGAUAUCUCGCCCAACACAGUCAACAUGGCUUUGCAAAUCCCGCAAUAUUUCCUUCUCACCUGUGGCGAAGUGGUCUUCUCUGUCACUGGACUGGAGUUCUCAUAUUCACAGGCUCCUUCCAACAUGAAGUCGGUACUUCAGGCAGGAUGGCUGUUGACGGUGGCUGUGGGCAACAUCAUUGUGCUUAUCGUAGCAGGGGCAGGCCACUUCAGUGAACAGUGGGCUGAGUACAUUCUAUUUGCUGCAUUGCUUCUGGUGGUCUGUGUCAUAUUUGCCAUCAUGGCUCGGUUCUAUACUUAUGUGAAUCCAGUGGAGGUUGAAGCUCGGUUUGAUGAAGAAGAAAAGAAAAAAAAUGCAGGAAAGGGUGACCUGUAUCCCACACUGGAGUCGGUCUCACAGACAAAGAUGUGAAGGUCAGGAAGCAGGCGGAAGAUGGACCAAGCCGCCUUUGUCCCCAGAGGCAGGACACUCCAUUGGUUGGCCUUGACAGGACAACUUCGGAAUUGUGAACCAAACCAAACCUAAAAGGCCAUUUUCUCAGGAGCGAGAAAUGAGUCAAAAAUUCUAGAGGAAGUCUUGUUUUGUAAGUUUUAUUUAACCCCCCCCCCGUUUU